AUGGAUAAUAUAACCGACAUACCGAACGCAACCAAUCUAGAAUUAUGGGCCAAUUGGUACAGACAUGUUCAUGGCUAUGCCGCUCCCAUUGUAUGUAUUUUCGGCGUUGUUGCAAAUAUUUUAAAUAUUGUGGUGCUAACGAGGAAAAAUAUGAUAUCCCCAACAAACGUUAUCUUAACAGGACUAGCAGUUUCGGACGGGUUGACCAUGGCAGUGUACUUUAUUUAUGCCAUUCUGUCUCAUCAUAUAUACGUUAAUCGACCAACACCAUUGACCCAUGCUCAAUUUGUUAUGUUCUACGCUAUCUUCAGUGUUAUCGCGCAUUCAAUCAGUAUCUGGUUAACAGUCGCGCUUGCUCUAUUUCGUUAUAUAUUUAUACGGUGUCCCAGAAGAGGUGGUAAACUGUGUAGUAUAGACCGUGCUAAAUUGACGGUGGUCAUAGUGUCCUUUGUAACAACGGUUGUAUGUAUACCGAAUGCUGUUUCUUAUCAGAUAGUGGAUCAAGGAAACGGUUCGUCCUGGUAUGUGGAUGUAAAGAAAACGACGGCUACCGAAAUCAUUUUAACAAGAUUUAAUUUCUGGAUCCAAGCCAUGUUAGUCAAACUUAUACCAUGUUUUCUCCUUACAAUCCUUAGUAUCCUUCUUGUCAAAACAAUGAAAGAUGCGGAAAAAAGACGCAAAAAAUUAUUGAGUAAACCAAUGAAGGGAAGCGAUGAUCCUAGAAGACCAAGUAAAACUAACCGCACAACUCGUAUGUUACUAGCUGUGGUAAUAUUAUUUUUGGUAACAGAAAUACCACAAGGCAUUCUCAACCUUAUCAGUGGAAUUGAAGAAGAUUUCUUUGAUAAUGUGUAUACACCACUUGGUGAUUUAAUGGACAUAUUAGCGCUCAUAAAUAACGGAAUCAAUUUUAUUCUGUAUUGCACCAUGAGUAAACAGUUUCGAGACACUUUUAUUAAACUAUUUCUUAAAGAUCUGGUAAUGGACAAUAACAGAGGUACUUAUCACUGCACUCAAGUGACGCGAGAUACCGAAUUGUAA